GAUCCUGUCGAUUCCGGGAUUCUGGACGAGCCCUGCGCAGCACUCCUCUUGGCUGAGUUCAAGCAAUCAUACAUCAACUCCUUUCCGUUUGUCAUAGUACCAGUGUCCAUGGAUGUGAACACCCUACGUCAACGCCAGCCGUUCUUAUUCCAUUCCAUAACGGCGGUAAUGGCAUACGGAACGCCUUCCAAGCAACGCCUCCUUGCAACGGAGUUGAAGAACCAAAUUGCAUCUCGCAUCAUUGGCCACUCGCACAAAAGCCUGGAAAUCCUGCAGGGACUCCUCGUUUACGGUGCUGGGUCCUACUUCUUUUAUCAACCGGAGAACCAACAGCUGGCUAUCGUCCUCCAACUAUGUGUGGCAAUGGUGCAGGACCUGGGACUAUCUAAGAAUCCCAAGGCCACGAUGCGAAAGCCGAACUCGUCUGAAGAUCAGUGCGGAACGGCGUUCAACACGGAGCGGCUCGCGGCGGAGAAUCGAGCAUUACUCGGAACGUACUUCCUCACUGUCGCAUUUUCACAGGCGUGGCGGAAGCGUUGCACCUUGAGCCAUACGCCCUUCAUGGCUCAGUGUGCUCAUUCUCUUACAGAGCGCCCAGAACAGUCGUCAGAUACAUUUAUCAGCCCUUUAAUCCGAUUAAGUGAGCUCAUCUGUCGGGUCAACAACUCCUUCUCAUACGAUGAUAUUGAUAACGCAGCGGUAAAGGGAGAUAUAAUGCUCAAUCUAUUGAUCGCGAACUUUCUCAGCGAGCUGGAUCAGAUACGGAGUUCUUUUCCUGCCGCCGCAAAGCAUAAUACAACUCUCAACCUGCAAUGCUGCCUUCUCGACAUAUGGAUCAAUGAAUGUUCUUUGCAUGGUGCCCUCUGGACCUCAUCCUCUGAGCAUAACGUGAUCCAGGUGUCCCUCAUCAGGAUCCAAACACUCCACCGCUGCUUCAGCGCUAUGAAGUCAUACCUCAAUACACUCAUCGCGGUACCUCAAUCCUCAGUCCACAACCUUUCGUUCCCCUCUUGGGCAGGCUAG